AAGAGCACAAAGAUAGGUAUUUUUGUGUUUACGGAAUCUAAAAUAUAAGUUUGACCUUAUAUAUUUAUCGGACAGUUACAAACAAUCAAACCUCUGUCGUUGAUAAAUACAGAAUAAUCUAAAAGAAUUAUAGAUAUAAGCAAAAUAUAGGCAAAGUUAGACUGAUAAUAAACUAUGUCUACUCAAGAAAAGGCUGUCCCCAGAAGUUGAAGUAAACAAAAAUAGAUUUCGCUAUAUUUCCUUUAAAAAGGUGGUUAUAUAUACUUUUUUAGUCCUCACACAGCUACUUGUUGCAAUUCACCUAUUUUUUAAAGAAAAUCAUUGUCAACGGUCAAACUCAUAGUUCCUACGGACGACAAGUUUCCAUGUCCAAAUGGCUGACCAUGGCAGCCCAACCUGUUUUCGUCUCUUCAUAGUAUUAUCCUAUACGCUUGCCUGUCUCUAGCGCUCUCGCAAUUCAUUACAGCACUUCUUUUUUCUCCGAAAUGGAUUCAGAAGCGGAUUCCAUUUUCGAACACUUCCCUAUUCUAUACUAUGUUCUAUCCCAACUGGAUCCUAUUCCUGGUAAAUCCAGCUACCAACUUCCUUCCGAAACUAAAGAAUCGGUGCUGGCCAAGUUGUCACAUCUCAACAAUCCUAAGGUAUUGGCCUCCAUCGUUCAAGCCAUUCCGGACAACCUCACCCACACUCUGUCAGCCCUCAUAUCACUCGGUCCACGCCCUGAUCCCUCCGCUGUUGCCGCCGCUCGUGACAGGAUAAUUGAAAUCCAAUUCACACUUCAAAAAAAUCUUCAGGAAAUCGAGGACGAAGCCGAUUCCGAUGGGUUUGAGGUUGAGGAUCGCGUUGAGAGAGAGAAGCAACUGAGAAGAGCGGCGGAAAAGGAAACAGAAAUAUAUAAGGCGGUAGCUCGGGUGAAGGAGAUGCACGAAAGUUAUGAGAAGCAGUUAAUUGCUGUGCAGGAUCGUGUGGUUGAGGUUUAUGAAUCGGCAGUUGCGGAGUUGGAUAAGGAGACGGAUUUGGAAGUAAAUGAGGAAGUUAUUAGAAUUUUGAAAGAGGCUGAGAGUGGAGUGGUGGAGAAAGUCGACCUUUUUGGGCAACAAAUCAGGUUUCUUCCUGAGGAGUUUGGGAAACUUCGACGGUUGAUUGACCUUAAUCUAUCUCAUAACCAGUUGGAGGUUCUUCCUGAUUCAAUUGCUGGGCUUCAGAAACUCCAGCGCCUAGACAUUUCUUCGAACUUAUUGGAAUCACUUCCUGAUUCUAUAGGGGUAUUGCUUAAUUUGAAGGUCGUCAUUGUAUCAGGGAACAAGCUGAAAGUGCUUCCCGAAACCAUUACUGGUUGCAGUUCGUUGGUGGAGUUGGAUGCAAGUUUCAACAAUCUCCAAGGUUUACCAAUAAACUUUGGAUAUGGAUUGGUUAAUCUUGAAAGACUAUCAAUACAGCUUAACGAAAUAUGUUACCUUCCUACAUCGAUAUGUCAACUUAAGUCUCUAAAAUAUUUUGACGCACAUUUCAAUCAACUCCAUGCCUUGCCUCCAGCCAUAGGAAGGUUAACGAGUCUCGAGGUGUUGAAUCUUAGUGGUAAUUUCAACAACUUGACCGAGGUUCCUGAAUCAAUCAGUGAUCUAUGCAACCUAAAGGAGUUAGAUCUUAGUGACAACCAAAUCAAAGCUCUACCAGAUAGAUUUGGGAGGCUAGAAAAACUAAUGAGGCUGAAUAUGGAUCAAAAUCCACUGGUGAUACCUCCAAUGGAAAUUGUUGACAAAGGGGCCCAAGCGGUGAAGGAUUUCAUGGACAUGAGAUGGGCUGAUUUAGUUGCAGAAAAACAGAAGAACAUGCAUGAGGCAAACAUGGCUGAAGAACAGAGUGGAUGGCUAACAUGGGGAUCCUCGAUGUUGGCUAGUGUAACUUCUGGGGUUGUACAAACUAUUUCUGAUUAUACAGGAGGAAGAGACGAAAAUCGUAAGGACCCAUGGUUGUAUCAACAGUUGUGAGUGGAGGAUCGUUACGGUGUUCUUAUCAACCUGGAUUUCGUAAGAAGCUUUGUCUAUAUUUGGAUGUGUAAUAUAAUAUGCAUACACAUAAUAUAAUAAACUAUUUCUAAAUACUCAA